AUGGAUGAUCAAGAUAAUAUGGCGUUCUUUGAGCAAUAUGCCCAGUUCCUCCCCGUACUGGACCCAUUAACCACCCCGAAUGCAUACUAUGCACAAUGCCCCUUUCUAUUUUGGGCUGUCAUCGGGGUCGCAUGCAGGACGUACCCGAAAAAUCCGACAUUGCUCACCGCGCUUGCACGAAGCAUCACAGAGAUGGCUUUACUUUCACUUGCAUCGACAUCGGCCCCAUGGCAUAUAAUCCAGGCCUUGCUGCUCGUCCUCACAUGGCCAAUGCCGAAGGAUAAUACAAGGCCCGAGUUAACCUUUCCGUUAAGUGGCAGUAUGCUGCAUAUUGCCAUGCAGAACGGGCUUCAUAUUCCCAUGUCUAGCCACGAGUUCACUAAGAAAAGAAUUCCUGCCCCAUCCGAGGCAGAACUGGUGCGGCGAUCAGAGCUUUGGGCACGCUGUGUGAUUGUGUACCAACGUGCUUGCACUAUAAAGGGACACCCGCCUCGCUCUUUCAUGGAACUAGAACAGGACUUUGGACAACGUGAAGUGGAUGUUCAGAAGCUCUCGCCGUCACUCGUUAUGGAGAGGAAAUGUCAGGAGUUGGUUGCCCGUUGUAGCGCGGCGGUUCUCGAGAUCGGGGUACGAACAAUGUCCCUAGAGCAAGAGAGAGCUUUAGAUAUUCUGUUACGCACAUUUGAGAACCAGGUCACAGAUUUGGAGGUACAGAUACGUCAAGAGGCUCAUUGCCAUCUAGCGCAUGAUCGGAUCCAAACCACUAUUUCUCGUCUGAGCAUUCAAAUGUUGCACUUUUUCAAAAAUCAGACGUUGUCCUCGACGGGCUGUGUUCAACGUCUUUUAUGUACCGCCUGUUCGGUUAUCGAGUCAGUUCAAGAUUUCGGCCGGCCACCCCUGAAUCUUGCAAUAGCUCCUCUGGAGCUGUACUUUGCGCUGCUCCUCGCCUCAGUAGCCCUAUUGCGCAUACUCAAAGGCCUCUCAUUACCUGGGCUAGAUCUGGAGAGGGCCCGAUCACGCUUUUUUAUUGCAAUUAAUCUUCUUAAACGGAUGUCCGUCCAGAACAAUGAUGCUGCAGCAAAAACGGUUAUUGUAUUGAACCAACUAUGGAAUAGUACAAGGGCCUUUCGCAAGCCCGACGGGAGUGAUUUCCCAACGCUUCGAAUCCGCAGCCGAUUGAUGCUGAGUCCAGUGGUGGAUGCAGUAUGGUGGUGGCGGGAAGAGUAUGACCCCCAAUGUCGGUCAGGGGUCCCCUCCCAGGGAAAUGUGCCGGAGGGAAUUGAUUCCAAUCGGGAUAGCACCGGUGCGGUGGUAAACGCACCGAUUGGCCUGAUGGAACGCCAAGAGCCUGUGCUUUUUGAUGACCAGUUUCUGGCUGAUUUCGAAUGGGCCUUGGGCGAUGACGGACUCUUCCCUCCGACUGAGCCGUAUGGCUCAGAAGCGGUUAGGGUUAUCGCAUCAAAACCUCCGAUGAUUUGCCGUCCUGUUCCCGGGUUAACCGAGGCCUCGCGAUAUCCUCAACCUCGCUUCGUAUGGGCCCCGCCUAGUAUAUUGUCUAAACGACGCUAG